AUGGUCGACCGAACUUCUGUAGAUGUGGAGGCUACUCCGCGCCUCCAGAUCGCAAAGAAGUCUAUGUGGGAGUCGAUCUUCGAGAACCCGAAAGUGCUCUUCAUUGCGUUCUUCGCAUCCCUUGGAGGGUUUGAAUAUGGAUACCAGCAAGGUGUGCUCGGCCAGUCUUUGGUCAUGACGCGCUUCACAGAGAACUUCCCGACCGUGGUGGCAUCUUCAACAGCUACCGGCUGGCUUACUUCGAUUCUGCAAGUCGGAGGUAUUGUUGGCUCCCUUGCGGCUGGUGUUCUGGGUGAGAUCAUCUCCCGUAAAUAUACCAUGUUCAUCGCCUGCUGCUGGGUCAUCCUCGGUAGCUAUCUUUACGUUGGUGCUACCGCCGGUAACCCGGCUUGCUUGUACGCGGGACGAUUCUUCACCGGUAUUGGUGUUGGUUUGUUCAGCGGCGUCGGUCCCUUGUACAAUGCUGAACUUGCUGCUCCCGAGAUGCGCGGUCUGCUGGUUUCUUUCUACCAGUUUGCAACGAUCCUCGGCAUCAUGAUCUCAUUUUGGGUCGGCUAUGGGAGCAACUACAUUGGUGGGACUGGCGCGGCCCAGUCCGAUCUUGCCUGGCGCCUGCCUUCUAUCAUCCAGGGUAUUCCCGCUGCUUGCUUAGCCUGUGGUAUUUGGUUCAUGCCCUUUUCUCCGCGCUGGCUAGUUAAAAAGGGUCGCGAUGAGGAAGCUCAAGCUACCCUAGCCUGGAUGCGCAAGCUCCCUGUCGAGCACGAGCUUGUUCAGGUCGAGUAUCUGGAGAUCAAGGCCGAGGCUGUGUUUGAGGAGCGCGCGUUCGCCAAAGCGGCGCCUAAGCUGGCUGAGCGCGAGCGCCAGAGUGUUUUCAUGAACCAGAUUGCGCAGUACGCCAACUGCGUCCGCUCAAUGGACAACUUCAAGCGUGUGGCUACUGCUUGGUUGAUCAUGUUCUUCCAGCAGUGGAGCGGUAUUGAUGCUAUAAUUUACUAUGCGUCCAAUGUUUUCAAGAGUCUCGGUCUAACUGGUGGUACUAUUGCCCUUCUGGCGACCGGUGUCACUGGCGUGGUCUUCAUUAUUAGCACAGUUCCCGGCAUGCUGGUUAUUGACAAGUUUGGCCGCAAGCCAAUGCUCAUCGGCGGGUCUCUGGUGAUGUUCUGCAGCAUGGUGAUUGUGGGAGCUAUUGUGGCAAAAUUCCAGCAUGACUGGCCGUCGCAUGUGGCCGCUGGUUGGACUGCUGUUGCCCUUAUUUGGGUGUAUAUCGCCAGUUUCGGAGCUACCUGGGGUCCUUGCUCGUGGACACUUGUUUCCGAGAUUUUCCCUCUGUCCAUUCGUGCCAAGGGCGCCUCAAUCGGCGCCUCUAGUAACUGGAUCAACAACUUUGCUAUUGCUUUCUUCGUGCCACCCAUGCUUCAGGCGUGGGAGUGGGGUACUUACAUCUUCUUUGCCGUCUUCCUUCUCGUUGGUAUUUUCUGGGUGUGGUUCUUCUUGCCUGAAACCAAGAAUGCCUCCCUCGAAGAGAUGGACCGCGUCUUCAAAAGCAACACUGGAGAGCGUGAUGCGGAACUUCUGCGGGAGGCACAGCGCGAUGUUGGGUUGACCGCGUUUAUUGAGCGGAUGGGCGACGCCACCGGGCGUGAUGUGGAGAAGAAAGAGGGUUUGCAGUAUAUUGAAUCGCUGUAA